AUGGAUCCGGCUUCCCUCGGCUUCGCGUCUGCUUCCAUGGUUGAGCUGUGUAUCAAAACUGGAAAGCAAUUCUACAUACACUGCAAAACGUACAGAAAUGCCGAAACAGAGCUACGCCAGGUCAUUCUGGAGAUCGAGGGUUAUUGGUUGAAAAUUGAAGACCAAGUCAUAUUUCUUCGCGAUCACUGGGAUUCCCUCAGCGAACGGUACCAAGUCCACCAAGACCAAGUCCUUCAAGAGCUUCAAGGUACUCUGCAAACCGCAAUAUAUACCCUCGACAAUGUUCUAGGAAAGACAGAAGGUAUUUCUCAAUGGGAGAAGGUCCUGGCGAAGAAAGGAGAGGCAAAGCGUGUAAAAUACGUGGUAUACACGAAGGGCAAGCUCGAGCGCAUCAUCACCCAGCUAGAUCGAUGGCUCCGUCAAUUCGAUCCCUCGUGGUUCCUGUUAUCUCGUAUGUCAAAUAUGAUCAUCGGUCGCGAUUUUGAGAGCGGUCGAGAUAGCGACAGUAGUGCCAUUUCAACAGUCGCAAAACUCCGCGAGGCACACGAGGAAAGCCAAACGACCUUAGUCCCUCCCUCUUCAUCGUCUAUCUUUCUUGGGAAAUACCAUCAGCUGAAGGAUAUAGAAAGGAUUCCAUUUGCGCACUCAUCAAUGGGACUGACGAGUGAAGGCAGACGAGUCAUCAUCGACCACUACUCCCUGCGGAAUGCAGUCGACGUUGGCACUGCUAGAAAGGACGUGCGGGAUCUCGCCUCGAUUCUUUCCAAGGUUGACCCGGCGUUUUCAUCUCUACUUCCGUGUGAAGGAGUCAUAAAAGCCGAGAGCCCCUCGGCAUCCGAACCUCAUUUCCGCAUGAUUUUUACCAUUCCUCCGACAAUGAGCCAUGCCAUCCCGCGCAGUCUGCGAUACCUCCUUCUAGAAAACAAGAAGAAUUAUGAGCUGAACGAGCGCAUUAAUUUGGCUGUCUCUUUGGCCCGGUCGGUCGUGUUCUUGCACGCAUCGCGGAUCGUGCACAAGAAUAUCACGCCGGAAAACAUCGUUUUGCUUCAUACCGAAAACGAAGCCCUCGGCACCCCAUUCCUGGUAGGGUUCGAGCGUUUCCGAUUCGACGAGCGACGAACAAACAUGACCGGUGAUGAUAACUGGGAAAAGAACAUUUACCGUCAUCCUCAGCGGCAAGGCCUGCAGCCCGAGGAAGUGUAUUCUAUGCGUCACGACAUUUAUAGUGUUGGGGUCUGUCUUCUUGAAAUUGGACUUUGGACUUCGUUCGUUCACUAUACCGAGGAUUUCCAAGUGGCGGGACCGGACUCAGAACUCCCUAUCGACAGUCUAGUUGCGGCGAAGAAUAAACGGAAGGCUGCAGCAGAUAUAAAAGCAAUCCUUAGCAAAAAGGCUUUGGCCCAUUUACCUCAGCUUAUGGGUAAGAUCUACACGGAUGUCGCUGUAUCAUGUUUAACCUGCAUCGAUCGUGAUAGUCAGUUCUUUAAAGAGGCUAGUGACUUUGAAGACGACGAUGGAAUUAUAGUUGGAGUGCGAUAUAUCGAGAAGGUAAACCAAGCCCCUUGGGCCCCCUGA